AAUGAAAGUUUUCCCGUUUCCUCGUUUAUGUCUGGCGAACAAACUUCUCAUCCUGAAUCGAAUGCGUUUCCAUUCGUCUGCGUAUGGAAGCCUUCGUUUUAUGAGACGCACUACGAAAUGAAAGAAUUUAAUGGUUUUAGUCAGUUAUGCAUAGACGGUCAGUUAGCAGGCAAGACUAUUGGCAUCUUAAAAUCGAGCGUCGUUGCAAUGGCUGUAAAAAUUAAUCCGACAAAUCAAUCCCAAGUAAAGUCCUCGGUAAAGUCUCCAGAACGUCUGAGGUUAUUCCAAAUUCCUUUUCUGAUGAAUGAAGGAUACAGAGCGUUGGAUUGUGUCUCUCCAACAGAGAUUGAGUCACGAAUGACAACAUCUGUUCAGAACUUGAGAGACGUGAAGACCAAGGAAUUUCUCCUCCAGAAAAACUACAUGGAGCAAGCUAAGCACGAAGAGACUAAGAAUGAGCACCGCCUAAACGAAGAAAAGGUGCGCGAGGAAGAUGCAAAAAUUAAGAAAUGUCGGGAAGUGCGUCGAGCCGAAAGCCAUCGCGUUGAACAACAUCCGUUACUACAACUAUUCAUCAGUUUACUUUCGGAAGAAGAUUCUGAUUAUCGCGUUCUGUCAGUUCGUAUGUUGGAAAAGGAGUUAGCCGGACGUUGCGAACGGACGCUGGAACGUGAACUGCAAGAAAUCCGCAAGUUAAAUUCUUCGUACGUUGAUAAAUUAGCGAGUACUUGUGAAAUAGAAGACCUAGAGGUGACCAGAGAAAAUCUUCUUUCGGCCAAGGCCCAACUGCGUGAUGGUGUACUCAAUGUAGAGCAUUUGUGGAGGGAGCUGAGCCAUUUAUGUACUGACAUGGAACCCGAAAGUCGUUCAUCAAUUGUUGAGAAAAUUCCUUGUCUAGCUGCCCAGCAUUUACUGGACGGCUUCUGUCUGGAGCUGCUCGACGGGGAUUCCAACAUGAUACACCUCGAAUGGAUUACCGAAGUUUUACGAGAACUUGGAGUACUGACCGGAAAAAUGAAGCGCAUUUUCGUUUUGUCUGUUAUUGGUAUGCAGAGUAGCGGUAAAUCGACGUUGCUGAACACCAUGUUUGGCAUCCAAAUGAGGACCAGCGUUGGACAGUGCACCCGAGGUGUCAACAUGCAGCUGGUACCUGUUGAAGGCCGUGCGGAGUACGACUACAUUUUGUUGCUGGACACGGAAGGCACAAGAGCUCCGGAAUAUCACGGUAUGCCCGACAGUGACAAGCGAGACAACCAGAUGGCCACUCUCAGUAUUUUACUUGCGGACGCCACAAUCGUCAUUACACCGGGUGAGAAUGACGCUGCGAUUAAAGAAAUUCUUCCGGUUGUUUUGAUGGCCUAUCAGGGAUCCAAAUUGGCCGAGGACAAUGGUGGUCGACUAAGCUCCAAGGUAUUUUUCGUUUACAACAGAAUCGACACCAGUCAGAAGAACAAGUUGAGCAGCAUCAUCCAGUCACUUGGGACUUCACUUCACGAAGCUUUUAGUCAAGUCAAGAAGUUAGCCGGAUACUCUGCACAACACCUCAAGUCGGAGGCGAGUCCUUUCGGUGGAUUCGAUCUCGACGUGUCAAACUCGUCUAAUGAAGAACAAUGUGACGUCUGUAUUCUGGGAAAUGUGAAGAACACUUUUGAACCUCCGGGUGACAUACCGGAUUUUGCCUUUGGUGAAACUCUUGUCAAACUCCGGGAACACAUCCAUCGACGGGUUACCAGUGUCCAGCAGGAAGGAACAGCUUGGAAGAGUAGGUCGAUUGAAGAAUUUUCGAAUUACAUUACGGAAGUGUGGAAGUGCAUCUGCUCAGCCAAUUUCACUUUGAAUUUCGCCUCGGUGGUGGAGCGCAUUACUUUUGAUCAAUUGGAUUUCGAGUACAAGAAAGUGGAACAGCAAUUGUUAGAAGCCUACCUUGAAUCCUUUGCAAGUCUCAAGAAGAAGAUGAUUGAAGAAAAGGGUGAGAAUAUUAGCUCCGGCUCCACGGCCGUGAUGGAUGUUGCUAGCAAUGAUCAUCGCCUAUUAAAAUUUGAGUCCCAGUUACGCGAAGAAAUCUGGCCGGCUGAGCAAUACUUAGAUAAGCAGGUGAAAGACAUGGUUAAGAAAAGAGGACGAGAGAAGUGGAGUCAGCAGUUUCUAAAGCAAUGGGAAAUGAACAAGAGAGAUCAAGCUCGUAGCUGGGCAUUGAGAUUGAAAACCAGUUUCGUUUUGCUUUUUAACUACGAACACCACGUCGAAAACUACAAGAAGAAAAUGCGCAAGGAAAUUCUCCAUUUCUUCAAGCUUCAAUCGAUGAACUCUAAUAAUUUCGAGUGGACAGACGUUGACAAGAAUAAGAAGUUUGAAGAAUUGUACAAAAACAUGUUGGCUGAAGUUCAUCAGCAGUUUCCCUCAAAAGAUAUGAGAGCAGAAGUCUUAAACGUUUAUCAAAACAGCAGCGUCAUCAAGAAUAGAAUGAUUGAUAUGAAAUUAUCCGAUGCUGACGCGUCCUUUUUUUCGAAAUUGAUGCAGGAACGCGUUCACGUUUACUCAAGCGCAAAUCAGAAUAAAAAUAUUAAUUUCUUUGAUAAAUGUCUCAAUUCUGAUAUGCUGGUGGUAUCUGAAGAUGACUCGUCCCUGCUUUUAAAACUACAGCAGCAACCAAUUUAUUUUUUUAGGAAAAAUCCAAAUGCCGUUGAAAAAUGCCUAAAAUCUGUUGACACGAUUGUCAACCAAAUUGCCGCUAGUCAACAAUGUUAUGAUGGCAGCAUCAUUUCUAAUUUUAUCUAUGAAGUCGAUGCAAGUAUAAAUCUCCAUAAGGUUUCUACUAACUCCGAAGUUCGAAAGAUUCACAUCUUCGCUCAAAAGAAGAUUACUGAUAUAAUGGAGAUUAUCGGAAGAGAGUGGGAUGAAGAAAAUUCGGUGCUCGCUAAACUCAAACGCAACAAAGAGGACCUGUAUGAGUACUUUAUGAUGGUUUCACAGGGCGCCGAAAAGACCAAACUCUUUGCGGUCACCAUGGCAAACGCCUUGAAAAGAGUCCUUAUGUCGGCAUUCGAGAAAGAAAUGAUCCAGAAGGCGUUUAAUGUCAUUCGCAAUCGACAAUGGUUGUUCGACGCCAGAUUGAUGCACAAGCACUUGGAUCUCUACUUGAUCGACUUGCUGGAUGAGCAGAAAAUUAAUGAAGUUCUAGAUAAAAUAUAUCAACCGCAAAGCUUUUAUGCAGAUGUGCUACAUCGGCUCAUUGCUCAAAAUGUUACCAACGUCGAAAAGGAAUGGCAAGACUUCACAAUUUGUCUAAAACAAGCCAUUAAAAAGGCGGCUUUAGCAACGUCAAACGUUGUGAGUGGUAAAACUCAGAAUUUCGUCAACCAACUGCGGAAUGAAUUUUUAAAAGGUGGCCUGCAGAAUGAACUUCUAGCCUCAGCGUUUUUGACAGAUUUCAGUGGCGAAUAUGAUGACUGCGAAAAUGAAGAGAAAGACGAAUUUCAAGAUGCCUGCAUGAACGAUAUGAUUCGAGUCCUCGAUUAUCAAGAACCCCCCAAAAAUCAGGAAAAAUUCGCAAAAGAACUGAGCCCCAAAGUCGUUCAAUAUAUGAAAAUCCGGAACGAUCCCGUUGCCCUACCGCGUUGUGAUGCUUACUGUACCCUUUGUAGUAGUUUGUGCAUCGAAGCGGCUAAUCACGACACCAGUCUCACACCGCACGACGCCAUUCACCAACCGGUAGGCAUAACUGGAUUAAAAAAUGUAGAUGAUUUGACCAUAGAUUCGGAAACGUGUAGUGAUUGUUACCAAAAAGAUUGGAGUUUUCGUCUAUCCAACACCAGUGAAUGGCAAAAAUACAGAGAUUACGCCAAAGUCUUUCCCGGAUGGAAAAAUCCUAGAACCAACGAAGAAUCACCACUCCGUGAAUACAUUUUCGCUACGUACAACGAAGAAAUCGCUAAGAAAUACAAGAAGAAGCCCUGUGCCAAUGUCCCUGCCAAAUAUUUCCGGGAUUUGUCUACCAUCCGGGAACAGUUGAAAAGGGACAUAGGUGGAAUUUGAAAACACUGUGAAAUAAUUCUUCUUGUCAUUUUAGUAUUCGGUGUUGUUUUGCAAGCAUGAGAUACCAGACGAUUGAUAACAGAUCCCUCUGGAUCAUAAAUUUCCUAGUUUUGUUUUUUAUUAGAGAUUCAAGUUAAAAAACCAUGAGUGUUGUUUCUCCAAGAAAAUCAUAACAUCUAAAUUUACAAAGAAUGAUUCGUUUGCAAAGUAAAACGGUUUAAACUAAAAUUACUAACAAAGAGUUCAAGAAAACUGGCAAGAAAAUUUUAUGAUUAGGCCCACCAUGUUUUCUAAUCUAUGUAUAAUGUAUCAACGUGAUUGUUUCCCAAGCACUCAAACUUGCCCAAACUUGUUUGUUUUUUCUACAGGAAGUCAGGAAUGCACUGGAAUGAUUUGUUGAAAAACAACUGAUGUCGAUUUCACAGCUUAAGUUAUUAAAUCAUUUUCAAAUUUUAGUUAUAAUUUCAAUUUCUAAACUAAAACUAAUUAAGCAAAGAGCAAAUAGGAAAUUUAGUAUUUUACCAAGAUGUUUUCACAAAUUAACACAAUUGCUUUCCCGAUGUACCUUAAACACUUAAACACUUAAACAUACUUUAGCAAUACAU